AUGCGAAUUAAUAAGAGCAAGGUAUUUGAAGCGACUGCAUCAGUUGAUACUGCUACAGACAAUUUGAUACAACAAAUUCUUAGGCUACAUUUCGCCGACUCAACAGUUAUAACCGUUGCACAUAGAAUCACUUCUGUUCUUGACAGUGAUAUGAUCUUGCUUCUUCAUCAAGGAUUAAUUGAGGAAUAUGAUUCAACUUCAAAAUUGCUAGAGGAUAGAUCAUCAUCUUUUGCUAAACUUGUUGCAGAGUAUACAAUGAGGUCUAAAUCCACUUUUUGAGAAAUCUGCUGAUCACUGAUUGAAAACGGGUGCAAAAUACCAAAACUUUCUAGUUUCUUGACAAUGACGAAAAUUCAGGGGGAAUUAUAAUCUAACUAGUAGAGUAGUAGUGCUCAUGAUUCUUCUGUCAUUGAAAAAUUGUGAUAGAAAAGUGUAUUUAGGAAAAUGGAAAUGUUUGGUAACCAAACAUAUUUAACUAAAAAUAGUCCGAAUUUACUUUAU